GCGCCCCCCGGCAGCCUCCAGCGUCGGCCCCCAGGCAGCAUGGUGAGGUUUGCCGUCGGGCCCUCGCCACCAUGUACGUGAGCUACCUCCUGGACAAGGACGUGAGCAUGUACCCCAGCUCCGUGCGCCACUCUGGCGGCCUCAACCUGGCCCCGCAGAACUUCGUCAGCCCCCCGCAGUACCCGGACUACGGCGGCUACCAUGUGGCGGCCGCGGCCGCCGCGGCCGCGAACUUGGACACUGCGCAGUCCCCGGGGCCGUCCUGGCCCGCGGCGUACGGGGCCCCGCUCCGAGAGGACUGGAACGGCUACGCGCCGGGGGGCGCCGCGGCCGCCGCCAACGCGGUGGCGCACGGCCUCAACGGGGGCUCCCCGGCCGCCGCCAUGGGCUACAGCGGCCCGGCCGACUACCACCCGCACCAUCACCCGCACCACCACCCGCACCACCCGGCCGCUGCGCCUUCCUGCGCCUCGGGGUUGCUGCAGACACUCAAUCCCGGCCCUCCCGGGCCAGCCGCCACCGCCGCCGCCGAGCAGCUGUCCCCGGGCGGCCAGCGGCGGAACCUGUGCGAGUGGAUGCGGAAGCCCGCGCAGCAGUCCCUCGGAAGCCAAGUGAAAACCAGGACGAAAGACAAAUACCGAGUGGUGUAUACGGACCACCAGAGGCUGGAGCUGGAGAAGGAGUUUCACUACAGUCGUUACAUCACCAUCCGGAGGAAAGCCGAGCUGGCCGCCACGCUGGGGCUCUCCGAGAGGCAGGUGCGAACCGCCUUGUUCCCUCCAGGGCUGGUAGGGUUCCCCGGGGCAGAGUUGGAAGCUGGGCCCCCGGAAGCCACCUAG